AUGAGGCGCUCCAGCGCAGCACCUCUCUUCGCGCCGAGUUUGUCUGUACUUAAGUUCAAGCAAACCCGAACAUCUCUCAAAUCCUUCGCUCGACCGCACGUAUUGCAUACCACGCGCGUGCGACGAAGUCCGUUUCCCACCGGAUUGCAGGCAAGAAAUCAGCCCAAGAUGUUGAAGCUCAUCACUGCGAUCCCAAGCCGUCUCCACCAGCUGGCGUCAUCAAUCCUCGUGUUCUUGAUGUUCAGACCCCCUCUUCGCGGGCUAUUACUGCCCUUCCUGGGCCGUCCGGAGGGUAUUCGCGGCGCGCUGCUCGCCCGUUUCAUCUUCCCCGCGCUUAACCGCUCCACGCAGGACUCCAUCGUGGUGGUAGCGGACCCACCCGAGGAUGCGCGUGUGCUCGAGCUUGGCUUCGCCAAGGGCGAUCUGCUGCAGAGUUUGAUCGACCGCGGCGUCAAGCCACCUGUGUAUGGGCUGGAUAUCAUGCGUGAUAUGGUUGCGUUGUGCCGCAGCAAGUUGGGCAAGCAUGCAGUGCUCGGGAGCGCGAAUAUUGAGGAGGAGGGGCUCGUCGCUCCGGGGUUGACGUAUGGGCAGCUGUUCGAAGCAGAGGACUGCGAAAGGGCGGGGUUCAGCGCGAGUGAAGUGGUUGCGCCGUUUGAUCAGGUGAUCAUGACGAAUGUGUUUUACUUCUUCUCAGACGAAGGGAUUUACCAUGCCGCGAAGAAUUUGUGGGCGUUGCUGCGAGAUGGGGGGAAGGUUCUGACGGUUAGCAGUCCGGUUGAGGACUACUCGGAAGGAUUUCAGGCGAUGGGGUUUGAGGGAGACAUGUCCAGUGCGAGGUAUAUGGAUGCGAUGCAAGCGGCGGGUUUCAAGACGCACAAGGAGGAAGAUGCGAACGGGGAGACUACGACACUUGUUUCUGUGAAAUGUCAGGAAUGACAAGGCGGAGCAGGGAAAUGGGGUGGUUUGGACAUGCGGAGACAUUGAAGUGGAGGGCUUACAUGCAUGACGUGGACGGAUGGAAGACCUGGUUUGAUUGGAGUGGCGUCAUUGAUGGGCGCAGCAGAUGGGUGAUGAUUAGGAGGGGCGUGUGAGAAGCAGCAGGUCAUGUUUUGAUACAUGCUUGAUGAGUAGGAAGAGAGGCAGGGGCGGGGGUGAGGCGGCCGGAGUCUGGGAUACUCGUUCAACGGUGCAGGGUGCCAUCUAGGUUGGCCUGGUGUGGUGCUAGAUCUCCAGAUCGGGUUGGACGUUGGAAUGGCUAUCCCCUUUGGGAUUUGUCAGGGUUGUAGUUGUGCACUGCCAGAGUGGGUGAGGAUACCGUACCUAUGCGAUGCGUUGGCUGAGGUAUUGGGUGUCUUCGUUUAUUCCGGACGGUUCGAGAUGUCGAGCAAGGUAAUGCGGUACAAGCGGGAGUACAAUACCGUAGCGAAGUGUAGGAUACUGGACCAUUUGGGAAUCGACGCUGGCGGCAGUUCAUUGCCGAAAACGCGGGAUUAUUACUCACUUGAGUAAUCCCGCGUUAUCGGCAUACUUGUAUUGAAUGUCAUGAGAGCCA